ACCAAGAUCCUAGGGUUAAAAAAAAAUGAGGUCAAUCUGUUUCCUCGCAAGAUUCACAGAUUAUUCAAUCAUGGAGUUGAUGAGCAGCGUACUUACCGAGUUACCAUCCAUCUUCAGUUCUGUGCAUCAAAUUAUUCUAUUCAAUCCAGCUCGCUUUUCAACUGGCUCCCAUUAUUGCAAUACCCACACUUCAUACGCCAUCUAAAAAGGUUGGUUUCUCAACCCAUUUGCCAUUUAUCUUACUCCAACAGUAGAGAAAGGAAUGCCAAAUUGGGAGCUCAGGAAAUGCUGCAAUCACGAGCAAGUGGUCUUUCUUGCCACACUUGGUGUCUGCACUGUCUUCAUUCUUGCUCUAUGGAGGACAGUUCUGCUACUGCCAUUCAAACUAGUUACUGUAUUCAUUCAUGAAGCUAGUCAUGCUAUUGCUUGCAAACUUACUUGCGGUCAUGUGGAAGGCGUCCAGAUUCAUGCUGAUGAAGGUGGCAGUACGGAAACACGUGGUGGUGUAUAUUGGUUCAUUCUACCAGCUGGAUACCUUGGCUCGUCUUUCUGGGGAAUGGUUUUAGUCCUCGCCUCUACAAAUCUUCUGACAGCAAGAGUUGCCGCUGGAUGUUUAGCUGUCACGCUACUUGUUGUUCUCUGUGUGGCUAAAAAUUGGACUCUUCGGGGGCUUUGUAUUGGUCUUAUUCUCUUCCUUGCUGUCAUAUGGAUUCUGCAGGAAACAACCAAAAUCCGUAUUCUACGGUACAUUAUUCUGUUCAUUGGUGUAAUGAACAGCUUGUUUUCUGUCUGUGAUAUUUACAGUGAUCUGAUAUCUCGAAGAGUUCAUACCAGCGAUGCUGAGAAGUUUGCAGAAGUGUGCCCGUGUCCUUGUACUGGUGUCGGGUGGGGUGUCAUCUGGGGACUCAUUUCUAUCUUGUUUCUCUGCAUAGCAACGUACCUCGGUCUGGUGAUCCUAUCUUGAGGCCGGGGGAAACCAAAUAGAAAAGUCGAAUAUAUUGUUCAUGCAAACUGCCAAGUACAAACAACUUCGUCAUCAUAUAUACAAGGUAUAUCGAGCUCGAUAUCGUUUGUUGUUGUUGAAAAUUGGAGAAAUUUAUGUCUGCCAUGGUAGCCUCUUCUUUAGCAGUUGCUUGGUGAAGACUGAAGAAUGGGGACUGUAACAGAGCAGAAAUAUGUCAUGGAUUCUUCAUGUAAUUGAAACUUAUCACAUAUGGAAAUAAAAUGGCCAUAGCUUUAUAAUUUGAUUGGGAAA